AUGGCGCCUCAUCCCUCCAGUGCACCUGCUAUCCGAGUGGCCCACAAGACAGAGCUGCCCUUUCCAAGAGCCACCGCCGACGAAGUGACCUGUGCUGCAUCUACUCUCCCCAGCCCCACACUCGUAUCCCCAGACUGCGCCGAGGUCCAAGGGGGCGGCUGCCGAGGGUCGACGACAACCAGGAAGCUCCGGGGGCGGCUCGGAGGGCGCAGCCGUCCCAAGAACGAGUUGGCGCUGAGCAGGCAGCGACGGAGCCGGCGCAAAAAGGCCAAUGACCGAGAGCGCAAUCGGAUGCACAACCUUAACUCGGCGCUGGACGCUCUGCGCGGCGUCCUGCCCACCUUUCCCGAUGACGCGAAGCUCACCAAAAUCGAGACGCUGCGCUUUGCGCACAACUACAUCUGGGCGCUGACGCAAACGCUACGCCUAGCCGACCACAGUCUCUGCGGACUGGAGCCGCAGGCUGCCCCGUGCGCCGGGCUAGGCAGCCCGGAGGGCAGCUCCUCUGGGGACUGGGACUCCCUGUACUCCCCCGUCUCCCAGGCGGGCAGCCUGAGCCCCGCUGCCUCGCUGGAGGAGCUGCCCGGGCUACCGGUACCCGCCUCUCCAGCCUACCUGCGCCCAGGAGCCCUGGCCUUCUCAGACUUUCUCUGA